GGGAGACCUGGAAAAGCCCGACGCCCGUGGCCGGCUGGCCUGGCGCCACAGGCGAGAAGAUGGUGGCCAUGAUGCUUUGGGUGGCCCUCAGCCUGUGGGGCUGGCUCUCCCUCUACGCGUGGUCCUGCCGUCACUACAGAGAACGCAGCUGCGAGUGGAGCUGCCGACUGGUCACGUUGACUCAUGGGGUCUUUGCCACUUGCCUCUCCAGCUACAUUGGGUUUAUCGAUGGUCCCUGGCCAAUGACUCACCCAGGGUCCCCAAAUACUGUGCUUCAGGUCCACGCAUUGUGCAUCAGCUUGGGCUACUUCCUGUUUGACCUGGGUUGGUGUGUCUACUUUCAGACCGAAGGGCCCUUGAUGCUGGUCCACCACUCUGUCAGCAUCUUGGGCAUCAGCGCCUCCCUCGCCUUAGGUGAGUCCGCCACAGAGGUCAACGCCGUCAUCUUCGGCAGCGAGCUCACCAACCCCUUCCUGCAGGCCCGCUGGUUUCUGCGGGAGAAGGGGCUAUACCCCAGCUUGACAGGGGAUGUGGUGGACUUCCUCUUCGUGGUGCUUUUCGCAGGAGUGAGGAUCGGGGUUGGGGCAUGGCUGAUGUACUGCGUCUUGUUGUCACCCAGGCCCAGGUGCUUCAUCAAGAUUGGGGGUCUCAUCAUGUAUGCAGUGUCUUGGGUUUUCAUGGUAAACAUCUGCAGGUUUGCCCGGCGCAAAACCAUUAAGAAAUGUCAGGCCUGGAAGGAUUGGUGGAACAAAGAGGUGAAUCUGAACACCAAUGGAUAUCUGAAGAGUCACUGACUCCAUGUUCUCCUGUUCAAGGUUUAGCAUCAAUAAUUAGCCUGGGCUGGACCUGCAAGGUCACAUUUGAAUCACGGUCUCUAUCAGAGUGAAGGGGCCCAGGCAGUGUUGUAGGUAGAUCACAGGACUAAGUCUGGAGAAAUCCAGGAUCACAUCCCUGCUCAACCGUGACACUCAGUUGGCUGAUGCUGGUCUUCUCUGAAGCUACCCUACUUCACAGAGCUGUUUGAGGAUGAAAUGAGACCACCAUCACAGUUGGUAUCCUGAGCAAUUUGCAGGAAGGAUGGGAAAUAAGUAUGAUACAUAGAGAGAUGCAUCAUAUGUUGCAAGCCAGAGUAGAGUUGAUUCCUGUUUCAGCCCUGUGCAAAUGUUUAUGCUUAGUGGAAUAUGUUGCACACCCUCCUGUUGUGGGGAACCUUUUCUGAUAAUCUUUCUAUUCUUCAAAAUUAAAGCAUAAUCCCAUUAACCCAGGGGCAUUUCUAAAGAAUCUCAUGGGUUGAUUGCCACUUCCAAACUUUUCCUGGUUUGGAUUUUUCCACCUCUUCUCUAUCUCUGUGUAUCUGAGCUAAUGUGACCAGAUGAAACAUGGGCAAGAUAUGGAACAGCAGAGUGCAGGCUGUUAAACAAUUUAGAACGGGUUCUUCAUGGGUCCUCUUAGG